AUGGAUAAAGAAUUAAUAAUUUAUGGUGGUGAUUUAAAAAUACCGCCAUGCGAAAGAAACUUUUCACAAUAUGUGUUAGAUAAAAUGAGAGAAAAUUCAAACAAAAUUGCGCAGAUUGAUCCAGUAAAUAAAAUAACUCAAACGUUUGGUGAAAUGAGGCUGAAUUCAAUUCGUUGUGCAUUAAAGAUGAAACAAGAUGGGUUAAAACGUGGCGAUAUGAUAAUUAUUUGUGGGCGCAAUCAUUUGGAUUUAGUCGCCCCAUUAUUGGGUGCCAUGUAUCUGGGUGUAACAAUUAAUCCAUUACAUCCAGAUUAUUCAAGAAAUGAAAUUUUACGAAUGAUAAAAUUAACUGAACCAAAAAUAAUAUUCUGUGAUCAAGAAUCGACAAAUUUAAUGACAGAACUCAUCACUGAAGCAAAAUUACAAAGUAAAAUUGUAACAUUUGAAACGGAUUUUAAAGCAUAUUUAAAGCCACAUAAGUCAACUGAAGAGGAUAACUUUGGAACUGAAAUUGUUGAUGUAAACAAUGAUAUAUUGUAUAUUGUAUGCACCAGUGGUACAACAGGACCUAUAAAAGGCGUUACCAUAACCCAUAGUGCAUUUUACAUUGCAGUGCAAACUUUGGGAGUCGGAACUGUUUCAGAUAGUGACACCCAACUGUUAUAUUACUCUCCAUUAUCCUGGAUUUCAGCUUUGAUGUUAAUAAACACUACAAUCUGGGAAGGAGUUUCACGAAUGGUGUGUGAAUAUGAACCGAAACGAAAUUUGGAAAUUAUUCUGGAAUAUAAUAUCUCAUGGUUAUUUGUUACCCCAAUAAAAGCUAUUGAAAUGGUGAAUCAUCCAUUAUUCAAACAAAAUGUAUCGAAAAUAUCGAAAAAUUUAAAAUACUUUUGGUUUGGCGGUAGUCCAUCAACCGAAAAGCAUGUGAAGGAAUACCAUCAAAUAUUUCCCAAUACAUUUAUUUACAAUGGCUACGGUAGCACAGAAACGAUCGGCAUUCAAGCACUAUUUAUGAGAAAUAAACACGAAAGUAUGCUGAAAAGGAAAAUAAUGUCACCUGGUCAACCGAUUAGCGGACUUUAUUGGAAAAUUAUAGAUUUAGAAACUGGGAAAGCUGUUGGUCGGAAUACGGAAGGAGAGUUUUGUGUAAAAGGUCCAACAUUAACUAAAGGGUAUUAUAAAGAUCCGGAAGCAACUUCCAUGGCAAUUGAUCAAGAGGGCUGGUACCAUACUGGAGAUAUUGUUACGGUGGAUGAUGAGAAUUGUUUAUUUGUUGUGGGUCGAUCCAAGGAUAUAUUCAAAUACAAAGGAUGGCAGGUUUCACCAAGCGAAUUAGAAGAGGUUUUACGAACACAUCCUGCUGUUCAGGCUGCUUGUGUGAUGGGUAAACCUCAUGAAACUGAUGGUGAACUACCGCUUGCGUUUAUUGUGAAAAAAGAAUCAGCGAAAAAUAUAACCGAAGAUGAAAUUAUUGAAUUUGUUGACAGUCAAGUUGCUGAUUGUCAAAAGCUACGUGGUGGAGUAAUUUUCUUGGAUGCGUUGCCGGUAACACCUACAGGAAAAAUACGAAAAUUGAUCUUAAAACAAUUACUAAAAUAAUUCUUU